GUGUAAAUGUCUGCUGCUGUGAUUGGCUGGUACUUCACUGACGUGAAAAAAACGCAAGUUUCGCGCGAAACUACUUGCCAGACCAUUCAAGAAACACAGGAGGUAUUCUUGGAACAGGGAAAUCAUUUCGCGAUAGUUAGAUUAUUAAAUACAUAUUAUCGUCGCCUUUUAGAUUUUUCUUUUAAUCUGCUCAAAUUGAAUAAACUAGCUCGUUUGAUUCAUACCGAUCGACUGGCUGGACUGUGAAGACUUCAUAGUCGUGCCUUAUUCUCUGAAAGUAUGGCCCGCUACUGUACAAGACUGAGAGUGAGGCGAGUCUACAAAUGGAGAGGAACCCCUAUAAGUUUCGACAGGAAACUCAAGACAUUCAGUUAUGACUCUUUGGACAUUCGUGUCGAGGGACUGUCUGGUUCCACGGUCAUAAACACCGGUCAGUAUAUCCUCAUCGAGGGAGAGGAUGAGGAGAACCCGUAUGUGGCCAAAGUCACGAAGCUUUUCGGAGACGAGAGUCAGAAACAGAAGAAAGCUUUGGUGCAGUGGUUUGUGCGUAUCUCUGAGGUGCCUCCAAGGAAGAUGAAGCAAGUGGGGAGAGACCCCCACCCACAGGAGGUUUUCUACUACCUAACUCGCGCAUGUGACAACGAGAUCAACGCAGAGUCUAUUCUCAGCACUGUGCAGGUGAAACACCUCCACCCAGACGAUCCCUUCCCAGAGUCCCAAGCCAAGGACACUCUCUACGUCAAGCUCUCCUGGGACACCAAAACCUUCAAGGUCCUGGACCCUGCACUCAUGCAGGACACCCCAACAUCUCCCCCACCGCGCCCCAAACCAUCCCUGCCGCCCUCCCCCCCGUCCCCCCCGCACGCCGCCACCCCGGCGUCCCGGGGGCCGGAGCGGCGGGCGCUGCCCACGCCGGACCCCUCGGUGAUGUGCAGAGCCGGGAGCGCAAGCACGGGCAAACGGGGUUUCGUAGAGGCUGAGUCGGUCCACUCGACGUCCAAGCUGUCCGCCUCAAAGAGCCUGAGCGCCCGGAGGAGGGGCAGCGUCUCUGGAACGCCCGGCGUGCGUAAGAAGCUGCAGCUCAACAAUCCAGGGGCGACCCUCAUCCCAGAAGACGUGCUGGGGAAGUAUCUGGGAGAGGAGCUGGAGAGUGAGAUACUGCUCGCCCAGAAGCUGUCCUCAUCCCCCGUGAGCACCAUCGCUCAGUCCUACAGCCUCUGUCCCAGGAAGGCUGCUCGCCUGGGCCCUGGCUGUCAGGACACCACCCCUCUGAAGGCCUCAGUGAGUCUGGAGAGGCUGUCCCCUGUCGCUCUGGGGGAACAGGACUCAGACAGGGACUGCCUGGGUGUGGGUCCCCUGUCUGAGGAGGAUGAGGUCUUUGAAGGGUCGGCUACAUGCUUGACCCCCCGGGUAAGACGGGCGACCCCCAGAAGGAUCCCCAUCGCUGGGGGGCGGAAAGCUAGCACCCCUUCCAGGAGGAGGGACGCGUCCAGGUCGACGAGGGAGCGGGCUCUGGCCGUCCUGGAGGAAGUGGAAAUGGAGGACUCCCCCCUGGCCACACCGGUUGCCAUGACGCCUCGCUCCAAGAGGAAGUCCGCCCUACUGGUGUCCUCGCGAAUCCGGAGACAGCUGAAUCUGUUGAGUAACGAACAGGAUGUGACCUCGGACGGAGAUGGCGGGGACGAUGACUGCUUCCUGCCCUCGAAGAAGGCUCUGCAGAGCAGCAGCGAGGAGGAGGAGCAGGAGGAGGAAAGCGACGAAGAGAUCUUGGUGAGGAAGAGCAAGCGUGCGGUGGGAUCCCGGACCCCCCGCUCCACCCAGAAGGCCCGUGCUCCAGCUAGGACCCCACGCAAGACCCCCAGUAAAAAGAGCACCCCUGGUACGCCACGCACGCCGCGCCACGCCACGCCCAGUAUCCCCAGCCGGACUCUUCCUGCUCAGCAGCCUGGGAAUGUUCUAGAGGAAGCCAGAACACGGCUCCAUGUGUCGUCCGUGCCAGAGUCUCUCCCCUGCCGGGAGCAGGAGUUCCAGGACAUCUACAGCUUUGUGGAGAGCAAGAUCAUGGAUGGCACCGGAGGGUGCAUGUACAUCUCCGGGGUUCCCGGUACCGGGAAGACGGCCACGGUGCACGAGGUGGUGCGCUGCCUGCAGCACGCCGCCCACACGGACGACAUCCCCGCCUUCCGCUUCGUGGAGAUCAAUGGGAUGAAGAUGACCGACCCUCACCAAGCCUACGUACAGAUCCUGCAGGAACUGACCGGCCAGAAGGCCACCGCCGACCAUGCUGCCUCCCUAUUGGAGAAGAGGUUCAGUAACCCCGCCCCCAAGAAGGAGACCACCGUGCUAUUGGUGGAUGAGCUGGAUCUUCUAUGGACCAGGAAGCAGAACGUCAUGUACAACCUGUUUGAUUGGCCGACCAGGCGCCACGCUCGAUUGGUUGUGCUGACCAUCGCCAACACCAUGGACCUCCCUGAGAGGAUCAUGAUCAACAGAGUGGCCAGUAGACUGGGCCUGACACGCAUGUCUUUUCAGCCGUACAGCUACAAGCAGCUGCAGCAGAUCAUCACGUCCAGGCUGAACAAGGUGAAAGCGUUCGAGGAGGAUGCCCUCCAGCUGGUCUCCAGGAAGGUGGCAGCGCUGUCCGGAGACGCCCGGCGCUGUCUGGACAUCUGCCGCCGCGCCACCGAGGUCUGCGAACACUCGGCCCCCAGCGACGGCCCCGUGGGAUUGGUGGCCAUGAGUCAUGUGAUGGAGACUCUAGAUGAGAUGUUCUCGUCUGCGUACGUCACAGCCAUCAGGUGUGCGUCUGUUCAGGAGCAGUUCUUCCUGAGGGCGAUCAUUGCCGAGUUCCGCAGGCUGGGUUUGGAAGAGGCUACCUUUCAGCAGGUGUUUGUGCAGCACCAGGCUCUGUGUCGGGUGGAGGGCCUCCAGCCGGUCAGUGUGUCUGAGGGCCUGGCCGCCUGUCGCCGUCUGGGAGCCUGCCGCCUGCUCCUGCUGGAGCCCAGCCGCCUGGACGUCCUGCAGCGCGUCCGGCUCAACGUCAGCCAGGACGACGUGCUCUACGCCCUCAAGGCUGACUGA